GGGAGAUCACCGAAGUGAUCGCCGGCUGCUUGCGCUCGAAUUUAAAAUGAUCGCAGACCCCGCGUCGGAGUCGUCUUGUCGAGCAAGACUUCCUCCUCUCCUGCUUGGCAUCGAGAGUUGUUGAAUGAAAACUCGGUCUUGAGAGGAACACGUUCGGCGUCGCGGCAUCUUGCGCCGAAAUUUCCUUUGAUCAAAGCCUGGCCAAGCUUGGCGCACACACUUACCAAAGUCGAGAACGAUAUGGCGACUGAUUAUGAGAAGCAAGACGGGGAAGGGCUACGACCUGCUUUCACGCACGAGCCCGAGCCCAUGUCCAUCGGCAGAUACAUCGUGACCCGCAUCCCCAGCCUCAAGCCGCCCAUGAACAAGGCGCCAAACCCCUUCAAGGCACUUGCACUACUUAACUUCCAACAAUGGAUGUUCUUCCUCGUCGCCUUCUUCGCGUGGAGCUGGGACGCAUUCGACUUUUUCACCGUCUCUCUUACGGUCACUCAGUUGGCUGAGCAAUUUGGUAAAUCGAACACGGACAUAACAUGGGGAAUCACCCUGGUUCUUAUGCUUCGAUCAGUAGGGUCGAUUAUUUUUGGUAUUGCUUCAGAUCGAUGGGGUCGGAAGUGGCCCUUCAUCGCCAACAACGUCUUGUUCAUCGUGCUUGAACUAGGCACUGGUUUCACAUCGAGCUAUCGUUCGUUUUUGGCUUGUCGAGCACUCUUUGGCAUUGCUAUGGGCGGUCUGUAUGGUAACGCCGCUGCAACUGCCCUGGAAGACUGUCCGCCCGAAGCACGUGGUAUUAUCUCCGGUAUGCUUCAGCAAGGGUACGCGUUUGGCUACCUGCUUGCUACUGCGUUCGCGCGCGGACUUGUUGAUACCACCAGCCACGGAUGGCGUCCAUUGUUCUGGUUUGGAGCUUGUCCUCCCGUUCUGAUCAUCAUAUUCCGUCUGUGUCUGCCAGAAACGAAAGCAUACAGAGAGCGCAAAGCUGUUCGUGAAAGCAAUCCGAACAUUACCAAAGUCUUCAUCAGCGAAGGGAAAGUUGCUCUCAGGAAGCAUUGGUUGCUUCUUAUCUACAUGGUGCUCCUGAUGGCCGGCUUCAACUUCAUGUCACACGGAUCCCAGGAUCUAUAUCCGACAAUGUUGACAAAUCAGUACAACUUUUCCCCUAAUGCGGUCACUGUUACCCAGGUGGUUGCGAAUCUUGGAGCUAUGACUGGUGGAACUUUGGUUGGCUACAGCAGCCAGAUCUUUGGACGACGAUUCUCUAUCAUCUUCAUCUCAGUUGUUGGCGGUGCUUUGUUGUAUCCCUACUGCUUCACUUCCAGUAAAAAGGUCAUUGCAGCAGCUUUCUUUGAACAAUUCUGCGUUCAAGGAGCCUGGGGCGUUAUUCCCAUCCAUUUGAUGGAACUCAGCCCUGGCAGCUUUAGGACUUUCGUUGUCGGCACAAGCUAUCAGCUUGGCAAUCUUGUCAGCUCUGCUUCUAGCACCAUUGAAUCGAGGAUCGGCGAGCGAUUCCCGCUUCCACCGAAGCAUACAGCAAAAGGAACGAUCAAGCGGUACGAGUAUGGCAAGGUCAUGGCCAUCUUCAUGGGCUGCGUCUACGCCUACGUCAUCAUUGUCACUCUCAUCGGCCCAGAGUACUUGGGAAGACACUUUGAUGUGGGUCAUGAUUCCGACAUGCGCGACGCGGCCGGAGAGGAUGCCUUUGCUGUUGUUCAUCCAAACAAAGCGGCAGCUCAUGAUCGCGCACACUCCUCUGAUGCCGACGAGAAGAAUGUACACGCCGCAGAUCAAAAGGAAUCCUUGUAGCAGACUGUGUUGUCAGUGUGAGAAGUGCAACGAAGCUUGACGGUUAGAAUGAACAACAUCACUGUGAAAUUGAACUUGAGUAAACCAAAGAUCAGCCGUCCAAUGAACGAUGAUGUCAAUUCCCUUUGUGUAUUCUUCUUGUGAGAUGCCAGAAACUCCUUUCUCGUCAGCAGUUCAGAAUAAAUUUGGAGAAGACGCGGUCGAUCUUUGUGUCGAGUUCGACGUCUGUAAAGCGGGCGUUUUUGAUGUCACGACGUUAGAAAUAGAGCAAAUAUAUGCAUGAGCGUACUCUGUAGCAACAGAGUGAUUGGCUCACAUUACUGGGGUUUGGUGGGGGAAAUUCGCGUUACAGGAUUGGAUGGAGGAAUUCGAUCAGGAAAAAACGGCGAGCG